GGUCGUCGUUGCCAUGGUGAUUGCCGCAGCGGAAACCAGCCUGGACCAGGCUGCGCAGAACCCAAAUCCUCCGCUGCUGCUGCCGCCGCCGCGAACUUUCCGCCAGGAUGAAGGACUCCCUGCCGCCUCCGAGGCCCCCCGUGAGCGCGGACCGCGUCAUCGCCAACCUCCCUAAGUUCUACACGCCGGCCGCCUGCCUGCAGCUCAAGGAGCGCUUCCACGGGCAGGUCCCUGCCGCCUGCCAGCGCAGGAGCAGGGCGACCUUCGGGCUCCGCCUCGCCAAGGCCGUGGUCAUCGGCGACCUCCACGUGGGCAAGACCAGCCUCGUCCACAGGUUUUGCAAGAAUGUGUUUGACCACAACUACAAGGCCACCAUCGGAGUGGACUUCGAGAUCGAGCGCUUCGAGAUUGCCGGGGUCCCCUUCAGCCUCCAGAUCUGGGACACAGCAGGGCAGGAGAAGUUCAAGUGCAUCGCGUCUGCCUACUACCGGAAAGCCCAGGUGAUCAUCAUUGCCUUUGACCUCUCGGAUAUGCAGACCCUGGAACACGCCAGGCAAUGGCUGGAGGACGCACUGAAGGAGAACGAGCCGGGCUCCUUCUUCCUUUACCUCGUGGGAACCAAGAAGGACCUUCUGUCCAGGGCGGCGUGUGAGCAGGCGGAGCGCCAGGCCGUGCGCCUGGCCAACGAGAUGCUGGCCGAGUACUGGUCGGUGUCGGCGAAGACGGGCGAGAACGUGAAGGCCUUCUUCAGCCGCGUGGCCGCCCUGGCCUUCGAGCGCUCGGUGCUGCUGGCCCUGGAGCGGAAGAGCGCCUGCCUGCUGCGCCGGAUCGCCGACGGGGACCUCAUCCGGGUGGAGGGCAGGCGCUCUGAGGCCGACUGGGACGAGCUGCCCUCGGGCCAGGGCUGCUGUUAGCCGGGGUCUGUGUCCGAGGCCUCCAAUCCCGACACCCGCGGGCAGCGCCAUGAGGCUGCGGAGCAGGACGUGGAGCCCGAACUCUGCGACGGACCUGCCCACGCCCCCCUCCCCGCCCCCCUCCCCUCUGGCAGGAAAGCCCUCACGGCUGCCCGGGGCCCACGCUGU